AUGGCGACUAAACUUCUCCUUUUAAUCCUCGCCGGAGCCCUAAUUUGUGCCGCAAAUGCUAGUCCGGGCAGUGAGGGAUUAAUGGAGAAGAAAGGCAUUGAUGAGGAACAGAAAACUUUCUUCCACUUCAAAUACGGGUUUCCCCCCUACUUCGGGAGUGUAGGCGGAGGCGGUGGUGGCGGAGGGCCGGGUUUCACCGGAGGUAGUCUUGGCGGCGGCGGUUUGGGCGACGGCGGGUUUCCUACCCUAGACAUCGGCGGCGGUUCAUCGGGUUUCGAACCCGGAUCCGGGGGUGGGUUCAGGUCUAGCUUCGGAGGGUUUGGCGGACCCGGGUACGGGUCCGCCAGCGGAGGCUUUCCCGGCGGGUCAUCUGGGUUCGAAGCCGGAGUAGGUGGGACCGAAAUGGGGUCUAACUAUGGAGGGUUUCUUGGAGGCUCAUCAUCGCCGUUUGAUGCUAUAGGUGGAGGCCCCGCUGGCCCAUUUGGGACUAGGCUUGAUGCUGGCCAUGGCGGCGGCGCCGCCGGAAACAGUGUGCACCCCGCAGAAGUGAUCGGCGACGGCGUGUAG